AAACAAUGAAACAAAGAAGAAACUGAGACAGAGAUGUUGAGAAGCUUGUGUGCAGCAGUGGGGUCUUCUAGAAAGAUCCAAAAUUCAGCACGUGCCAAAUUGCGGGCACCGUACUCGUGCGAAGCUGAGGCGGCAAGUGCGAGGCUUCCGAAGCUUCUGGUGGUUCAGCCGCGUCUUCGGCCGGAGAAGCUGUUGCAGGCGAAGCUCAACGAAGCUCUGUGCCUCGCAAACUCUCUCGAAGAACAGCGUGAUGGCUAUUUCCACACCGAUUUCUUCGAUAAACCCUUACCCCCUCACCUCCUCGUUCAGAACCCUUCCCUCAAAGGUCACAACCCUCGCGCAGACACCUAUUUUGGUCCUGGAACCGUUCACAACAUCAAAUGCCAUUUAAAUGCUGCUGAAUCAACGGAUGAUGUGGAUGCUGUUUUUGUGAAUGCUUUAUUAUCUGGGAUUCAGCAACGGAACUUGGAGAGGGUUUGGGAUAAGCCUGUGUUGGAUCGUGUUGGGCUUAUAAUAGAGAUUUUCAAUGCUCAUGCCUUUACUAAGGAAGCCAAACUCCAGGCUGAACUUGCAGCUCUGUCGUACAAGAAGACACGGCUUGUUCGUGUUCGUGGCCCCGGUGGUCGUCAUACGUUUGGUGCUUCAGGAGAAGCUGAAGUUGUCAGUGCCCGAGGGAGAGGAAGUGGGGGGCAAGGUUUUAUGAGUGGUGCUGGAGAAACUGAACUUCAGCUUCAGCGACGAAGAAUCCUAGAGAGGAGAAAUUAUCUAUUAUCUCAAAUUGAAGAGGUUCGUCGCACCCGGGCUUUACAACGUGCUGGUCGCAAGAGGCAUGGAGGUUCAUUAGGACAAGGCUUAGCCACUGUUGCUGUUGUUGGGUAUACAAAUGCUGGGAAAUCUACAUUAGUCAGUAAGCUAUCAGACAGCGAUCUGUAUAGUGAUUGUCGACUGUUUGCAACAGUUGAUCCUAGAGUAAGAAGUGCUGUUCUUCCUUCAGGGAAGAAAGUGCUUUUAAGUGACACAGUAGGAUUUAUAUCUGAUUUGCCUGUACAGUUGGUUGAAGCAUUUCAUGCAACUCUAGAAGAAGUGGUGGAAGCAGACCUGCUUGUGCAUGUGGUGGAUUCAAGUGCUCCCAAUCUUGAUGAGCAUCGCUCAACAGUGUUUCAAGUUCUUCAACAAAUAGGGGUGUCAGAAGAGAAGCUUCAGAAUAUGAUUGAAGUUUGGAAUAAGAUUGAUGUGGAAGAAGGCAUGGAUGUUGAUGAAUAUCUUGAUGAAGAUGAAGAGGCUGAUGAAAAUAGCAGCUUCAGUGGAGAGUAUGAUGUGAAAUCUAAGGCAUUAGCAGAAAUAGAGAGAGAUUAUGCUGGCAGUAUUUCUUGUGCAGAAAAUGAAGACAGCAAGGAGGUUGUUGAUCAGUCAUUGGCUGUAUCUGAGACCAAGGAAGAAAAAGAAGAUUACUCUGAUGGUUGGUUAUAUGAGGAUACUUUGGUCAAUGAAGCUGAUUUUUGUUCACCAUCGACUGUGACUGACCAACAAAAUGAAUCCUUCAAUAAGGAAAAUAGCGUGUUAAAAGAUAGCUCAUUGGAACAAUUGGGUCCACAUGUGAAAACAUCAGCUAUCACGGGAAUUGGGUUACAAGAAUUGCUGGAACUAAUAGAUAAUAAACUAAGUGUCCGGGAUGAGAAGUUGCAGACUGCCCAAGUAGUUGAAAGAAACAUCUUUGAACGAAAAUGGAGGCCUUCCCACACACAGGAGUCUAGCAUAGCUGUUGAACACUAGAUAGUUCCGUGGACAAUGCUUCUUUCCUUGCAUUCUUGCUACGUCCUUAGCCACGUGACAGUUUGAUUACCUUAUGAGCUGGCCUAGACAAGUUUGGCGUUAAGCUUUUCCCACCACUUUGGUGGAGCCAUUAUGUAUUCAUGGGACAAAACAUGACCUCUGGAAUCCAGAUGACAUGUCUCAAAGCUGCUCUUGCUUAUGUGGCUUUCUUCUUCUGUCGCAACCUGCUAGUAAUGAGCUUUCAAUGGAGUUGUUUUUUUUUUUAAAAAAAAAUUGGCAUGUUUUUCCUUCAUUUUGAGUUGCAUAGGAUAUGUAUACAAUUUGUCCAAAAAAAAUAAAAAAAGGAUCCAUCAAUGUACAAUUGUAAUAAUAAUUGCGGAAUGCCGUUAUACAUAACUCUGGAGAAAUUUAAUUUUUUUAAGUAAUAGAUUUAUUUCUUGCAUGU